ACUACACGCCGCGAGGAAGGCGAGGGUUUCGAGUGACCUCGCCGCGGAGGUUUCCCCACCCAUUCCAACCCUUGGUCGCCGCCGUUUCCGCCCAGCUCUUCCCUCCCUGCCGGCGCCGCCCUUUCUCUCUUGGUCGCUGCUUCCUCCGAGUCCCUGCAGAGCCUUGAGAUUGCCCAAGUUGUGCAGCUGAGAUACUCAAUGGAGGAUCUCCCAGAGCCACUGCUUGCAGAGAUCGUCAAGAGGAUUACCAGGACAAGUCAUCUUAAUUCUCUUUGCCUUGUGUCGAAGCAGCUCUACACUGUCGAGGCGGAGCACAGGGAUGCUAUCCUCGUUGGCUGUGGACUCGACCCUUCUACAGAAGCCUUGGUGUCGCUCUUCUCCCGGUUCCUCAAUUUGGCGAAAGUAGAGAUCAACUAUUCUGGAUGGAAGCCCAGCAACGGGGACCAGUUGAACAACCAAGGCCUCCGUGUUCUAUCUUCUCACUGCCCCUUGCUGUCCGAUCUUGCUUUAAGCUUCUGCUCAUACAUUGGUGACUCUGGUCUUGGCUAUCUAGCUGAUUGCAAAAAAUUGAGGUCGCUCAGGCUGGACUGUGCACCAGCAGUCACUUCUACUGGGAUUUUUCAUGUGGCGGUUGGUUGCAGGCACCUUUCGGUUCUCCACCUUGUUGACUGUAUGGAAGUAGACAAUGUGGAGUGGCUGGAGUACCUUGGGAGGUAUGGAUCACUAGGGGAACUUGUUGUAAAGGAUUGUGAUGAAAUCAACCAGUAUGACCUCUUAAAGUUUGGUCCAGGAUGGGCAAAUCUCCAAAAGUUUGAUUUUGGGAUCAUUGGAAAUUACUCCUAUGACCCCUCCUACGUGCUUGGCUACCCAUAUAGUUAUGAAAUCUGCUGUGAUAGCUUAAAGGAUCUUAGGUUGGCUCAUAUUAUAACCGAUCAAGAAAUUGGACUUCGUUUUCUCCUGGGGAAGUGCAAAGCAUUGGAGACGCUUUACCUGGAGUAUGUUAUUGGUCUAAAAGAGAAUGAGAUGAUUGCACUAUUUCAGAGGUGCAGCAACCUUAAUACCAUCUCACUUCGGCUCAUGCCUCUGCAUUGUGAAGAUGAUCAGUUCAGGACAGUGUUGACUGAUGUUAGCCUUAAGGCUCUAGCUCUCAGUUGCCCUAUGCUUCAGGUUGUUGAGCUCACAUUCACAUUGUGCGGACCCAAUUGGCCUACUGAGAUAGGUUUCACACAAGAGGGCAUUAUGACGCUAAUCCAAUCUUGUCCAAUUCGUGCCCUUUUGCUAAAUGGUGCCAGUAUUUUGUAUGACGAGGGGAUGAAGUGCCUCUCAUCCUCACAGUUCCUGGAGACACUUGAGCUCGUGGAUUGCUGCUCUAUAACUGAUGCUGGUAUGAAUUUCAUUAUUCAGGCUCCUUGCUUGAGGAGUCUCACACUCCGCCGAUGCAAGAAAGUGACAGACAAUGGGAUGGCUGAGCUGGCACGUUGACAGAAGUUGGAGUCACUGACCGUUAUAGGCUGCUGUAAUAUCUCUGAGGAGGGUGUGCAUGGGGCUGCCAAAACAGUCCGUUACUCUGCCGAGGUUGAAACCUGGUUCAAUUUAAAAGGAUUGAACAUGAAAAGGAACAGGAAAAGACGCCGGUCGCCCUGAAUCCAGUCUUUGGCUAUUAAUUCGUGUUGUUAUAUGUCAGCAGAAGUUUGAAACCCCAAAACUGUGAAUGUAAAUUUGGAGGACAGGUGCAGCUGCCAUUUCUUUGCCACAAUGUUCCAAUAUGCUUCAGAUGUUGUAGACUUGUUUUGGUAAUGCGAGAUCUGUUUUAGGAAUUUGCCAGAAUUCUCUUUUAUGUUAUGACAGUAGCUUCGAUUCGUAAUCUAUUUGCAUUGCUCCUGUCUGUGAGGUCUACCUCAUUUGAUUGAGAUCGCCGAACAUUGCACAAUUUUAUUCUUGUAGCUUCAGUGUUUGGAUUUCAGAGUAAUAUCAGGUUCUUUUGGCUGCUUGUGCAA